AUGGACAACUCCUCGGCCAAGCAGAAUUCGAGGCCGCAUGAGCGCCUUUUGCUCCAUCAGAAUGAAAGCUGCGUAAUUCUGGAAUGCGUGGCGAAGGAGUCCUCCCUCAUGCUCUCCAAUCCUGUGGGUGGCGCCAAGAUGGUCCCUGGCCUUGUAAUCGACCGAAUCAAAGGCAAUCCGGCUACAAGCACCAAUUUUGAUCCGCUGUUGUCUCGCGAGAUUUUCGGUGUGCUCGGUGUUGUGCAGCUGAUCACUGGCCAGUACCUGGUGGCCAUUGCUGAGCGCCAGGAGGUGGGGUACAUCAACAACGCCGCCAUUUACAAGAUGGCCAAGGCGCUAGUGGUGGCCAUCCCCCGGCAAUGCGAGUACUGGAGCGAGGAAGAGAGGCGACAAGAGCGCGAGUAUCUGAAGAACCUCAACAACUUCCUGGACCAGUCCGAAUUUUACUUCUCCCUGGACUACGACAUCACGCGACGCGUGCAGCACAUCGUCAGCAUGACCGCGGCGGAGAGGGCGCAGCCGCUGUGGCAGCGAGUCGACGAUCGAUUCUUCUGGAACAAACACAUCUCGCGCAGCUUCAUCGAGGCGAAGCUGGACGAGUGGAUAUUGCCGGUCAUGGAUGGGUUCAUCCAUGUCGAGGUGUGCGAAGUCGGCGGGCUCAUUUUUGACUACAUUCUCAUGUCUCGGCGAUCGUGCUUCCGCACAGGUGCCCGAUAUCAGACGCGAGGCGCCGACCCGCAAGGCAGGGUCGCCAAUUUUGUUGAGACCGAGCAGAUCGUUGUCUACGGCAAGAUUCAGUCGGCGUUCGUGCAGACCCGCGGCUCCAUCCCUGUGAUUUGGCAUCAAAAGGGCAAGGGUCUCAAGCCCAAGCCCUCUGUACAGCACUCCCUGUUCGCGCGUACCGCCUUCCAGGCGCACUUCGAAGAGCAGAUGCGAUGCUACGGCAAGCAGCUGCUGAUCAACCUUAUCGACCAGCGAGGCAACGAACGCGAUGUGGGCGAAGCCUACGAGACCCAGGUUCGGCUGCUCAACCACCCGGACAUCAGCUACAUCCCGUUCGACUUCCAUGAGGUGUGCAAGAACAUGAAGUACGAGAACCUGCAGCUGUUGACCAACGAGUCGCAGCCCUACAUGGAUCGAUUCAGAUAUGCCCUUGUUGACGCCGAGGGCAAGUUGGUCACCUCCCAGGACGGCGUGGUCCGCACCAACUGCAUUGAUUGUCUGGACAGAACCAAUGUCGUACAGAGCACGCUGGCCCGGCUGAUGCUGCAGGUGCAGCUGGAAAAGCUGGGUAUCCUGUCCUUCGUGCGCAUCCAGGAAGUGCCCACGCUCGAUUCGCUGCUCAAGAACGUGUGGGCCGAUAAUGCCGACAUUAUGAGCAAGCAGUACACCGGCACGGGCGCACUCAAGACUGAUUACACAAGGACAGGCCGUCGCAGCGUGCGCGGCACGAUCACGGACGGCGUCAACUCGACGAAGCGAUUCAUGAACAAGAACUUCAAGGACGAGGAGAAGCAGGUCUCCUCCGAUCUCUUCCUCGGGCGAUUCCAGAUCGAGAGGCGCCGCUAUGAUGAGCUCUUCCAAUUCGACGGCGCCAGCAACAGCUACUAUAUUGCCACCAAGGGGGCACGUCUCUACACCGACGGUGUGUUCAAGUUCCCGGUCUACCUGGUCUACUCGCCGGUGAUCGAUCCCACCGAAACGAACACCCGCAAGAAGCUGCGCCUGGCGGCUGUUCUGGAAGUCAGCCCAGCCGGCCAAGGCGGCGGCACGCUGAUGUCCUACGUGCUGACCAUGUUCAGCAAGAAAGAGUACUCGUUGACGUCGCUCAAACAGAUCAUCCGCGACUUCAGCUACAACCGCGCGCUCAAGCUGCUCUUCGACACCUCGGCCCGCACCUACGACUACAUUUUCAGCUCUGUCGAAGCACGAGAGCAGUUUAUCCAGGUGGUGACCGGCAUCCAGCGGUCCAUGGGCAUAGAGCCGACCGUGUACCUCCCGCAGCCGGUCAUCGUGGACGUCUCCGAGGGCGAAUCACCCAAGCUGGCCCUGCCCUCGCAGCCCGAUCACCACCUCCAAGAAAACAUCUCCGUCUUCACUGCCUCCUGGAACAUGGAGAGCGCGGUUCCUCCAUUCGAUUUCUCUGGGUGGCUGGAGAAGGGCCACGACGUCUACGUCAUCGGUGUACAGAACUGUCUGUACGCCGUGUUGGGCGACAUGGCCUUCUCGUGCAAGGCCCACUGGGCCUACGUCCUGCAGGCCCAUCUGGGCGAUGAGUACCUGCUCCUGGCCCACCAGAACACUGGCGCCGAUGGCACGGCGCUGGUUCUUCUGGCCAAGAAGACUCACGCAUCCAAGAUCACCAAUCUGCGAACCACGUAUGCUGAGGAGGUUCGGACGAGAGAGAUGAUGUACGAGAAGAAGACUGCGUUUGCCGUGAAGGAACGCCUGACUCCCUUCAUGAGCAAACUCACCGGCAGCUGGAAGAAGGACAGGGACAGUUCAAGGAUGCAAGAAAGAGACCGACCGGUGAGCUUGAGCAUGGACAAGGAGCCGCAGGGACUGCCGCCGUCUGUCACCGGCAUCAGCGAGGAGCCCAAGGUCGACCCCAAAUAUUUUGGUGAAGGUAUGAUGGCCCUCACAUGUCCUUGGCUCAAGCUCGAGCUUGGGUCGCUUAUCGAGUGUCGAUGUGACAUCAACGCAGUUAUUUCCUUCUACUUCAACGGAACUGCACUCUGCUUCGUCAACACGAAGAGGCGCGACUGCCCGUUCAAGCUGGCCGGAAAGGGCGAUGAGGACCUCGCAACGGACUUCCUGGCGUACCACCACGUCAUAUGGAUGGGCGACAUCAGCCCCGUGGCUGUGGACUCUACCAAAUGGAUCGACCUCUUUGUCGACGAGGCCCACGGUUCGGUACUUUGGCGCUCGCUGCCCGAGUGCUUCGUGUCGCACGUGCAGGCCCAUGUGGCCACGGCUGCCAUCGCGCAGGCCGAGGAGGGCAAAAGCAAGAGUGUCGACCGGGACGACGCGUUCAGCUCGUACCGGGAGGGCGGGCUGCCCUCGGGCAAGCAAGCGCAUGCGCCCAUCGGCGUCAAUUUCCAGAUUCCGACGCUCGUCUUCCCGCCCGUGGCGGCCAAGCGCAACGUGUCCAUCAUCCUCACCGACCUGAAGGGCGAGCGGUUGGUGGGCUCCACGGACUUCAUGCGGGUCGGACGGCUCGAGCCCUACAUUCUCUUCGACGCGCCCUUCAUCGAGAUCGGUCGCCGAACAAGCGUGCAGAGCUCCGAAUUCCCGGAGUGGCGAGAGAUCAUCAAGCUGCGUCCCAUCUUCACCGAUAUUGGCUUCCUCCGUCAGCAGCACCUGCGUAUGCUGGUCAUGGACAAAGACACCUACACGAUGGACGGCGUGGUUGGCCUCGCUGUGAUCUCCUUGAAGCGUGCCUGUGGCGACCAGCCGAUGGAGUUCUCCACUGUAAUUACCAUGCAGGACAAGCCCAUGGGCCACCUGACGGGGAAGAUUCACAUCGUGCUCUCGUCGGUCAUGUCGCCCAAAGCCGACCGCACCCGCUCGCUCGCUCGCCAGGGCUCCCACGCGACGUCGUCGAGUUCGAUGUCCCUCGCCGCGCCCUCGCCGCUGUCGUCGCCCGUCACCCCGCCCCUGCCUGCGCGACCCCACGCGUCGGCCUCGCCGCGCCAGCCGCCCGCCUUCCCGACCAAGCCGCUCCCGCCCCACCCCGGGAGCUACGGCGGCGACAACAGCAGCCCGCUGUCCUCCCCACACAGCUCUGGCGCCCCGCCGCUCCCGCCCAAGACCGACGACCACGGCUACCCGACGUCGCCGCUGCCGCAGCCGCCCGUGGCCUCCUCGUUCUUGUCGUCGGCGCUCGACACCACGUCGCACAUCACCACGUCGCUGUCGUCGACCUUCACGUCGGCCAUCGACUCCACCAAGCAGGGCAUUCCCUCGCUCAUGGGCUGGUUCGGCGGUGGCGCCGGCGCAGCGCACACCUCACCGAUGGACCACCAUAACCAGGAGGUUCAGUUCGACCCGCGAGGAGCCAGGUCCGAUCGACCGCAGUCGCCCGUCGGCCCGCAACACCACCACUCGGCACCUUCAAUGGCCUCGUCGACGGCUUCGGGUUCGUCGUCAUCAGCUUUCGAGCCGUCGCUGAUUCACUUUGGAGACGACUCGGCGUCAGCGACGGCGUCGUCCCACCAGCAGCAAGCACAGACAAAGAGGAGGACCGAGACCGUCGACGAUCUCCUCUCGUAG